AUGGCAAACACCAUCUGCAAGACAUUUCCGGUCGAUGCUUUUGCACAAGAGAAAGAGUGCAGCCCCGACAAGAUCAUCGAGGCCUUGAGCGCCGUUGUUCUUGCGCCACUGUUGAAGACACAAGUCUGGCACGGUGCCAAUUCAGUCUCCGAAUAUGCGAAAACCUUGAUCGAUGAAUGGAGAGAAAACACGUCAGACACGGAUAGUGCGAUUGACUUGUCAAACCCCAGCAUGGACAAAGUCUUGGAGAAGAAAUGGCCUAAUCAGCAGGAGACACACUGGCAGCCGAAGCAAGGCCAAUCUGUUACCAAGAAAUCACCUACUGUGCCACGAAUCAUCCCGACUGAUCGAGUGGAGGUUCGUCAUGAUAUUUAUGUGUCGAAAAUCCGAGCAGAUAAAUGGAUCGAUGGGUUCCAAAAGCCCCCUGUCGCAGCUUCAGAGGUCAGUGACGAGGAGCUACAGCAAUUGUUGGCUGAAGGAUGGUUCCCAUAG